AUGCCUCCAAGCUUCACAUCACGCCCACGCUCGUCGCGCGCAGAGUCGCGGCCUGCCAGUCGAGCCGACGACGACCUCGUCAUCCCGGACCGCACGUCGUCGCUCCACUCACGCAUCACACAGCCCCUGGCAUCGCAACUAACGCAGCCGCGCAAUGGCCAGCGUACACCAAAGACUCUCACCCAUGCCUACAUGGUAUGUGGUGUCGGCCGUGAGCCCUCGCAAUGGGGCAGGGCUCCACCACCUCCACAGGGAAAGAUCGGACACAUGAAGGGCGCCGUCAACCAGUUCUGGCUCCCAGAAAUUCUAGGAAGCAGCCCGAGGUUGGACCAGGACAACGACAUUGCCCGCGCUCUUCAUGCUGCCAUGAGGCCUCACUGUGUCCACCAUGCAUUCGUCCUCCAGCAAGACUCCUCCCACACCCUCUACGGUAUCACUCUUCGCGUCUGGUCUCGCGCAGAUGAGAAGCGCGCCGAGACGAUUCGCGAGUUGAGAAAGCGUACCGAGACCGACUACUACGACAGCCCUGGCGAGACAUACUGGAUCCCCUACUGCUUGAGUUUUCUUUCUAGAUACCCUCUUUACAACCUCCUCGGCGACUACCUCCGUGGCAUGUGGAUCCACUGGAACAAAGCCACCAACCUCUUCCACGCCGAGGAAGUUUCUCGUAUUCUUAGCUUCCCUGCUCCCAGACUCAACGACCUCGUCCGCAUCGACAUGAAGGACUACGCUCUCUGCUAUCAGUUCCCUCCUUCGCCCACUGGCUUCCAAAACUUUGCCAUGUGGCCUCUGUUUUCUUGUCUGUCUAUUCCCAACAUCGUCGGCGUUGUCGAAGCCGCCAUCUCGCCGACCAGGAGAAUCAUCUUUGUCAGUCAUUAUCCUGCUAUGCUGACCAUGGCUGCCGAGACUAUCCGUUACCUGGUUCGCGUCUACGAAUGGAGCGGCUUGUAUGUUCCUAUUGUACACGCUCGCCAUGCUAGAGACCUUGUUCAGGAACCUGGUCCGUAUAUCAUGGGUAUCACCGCUGAAUGCCGCACUCUCUUCACCGCUCCUAACGACGCCUUGGUCGUCGACCUGGAUCGUAACUUUGUCUUGACCUCAAGCCCUCCGGAUAUUCUGACUGGAGGUCAAAGAACGAAAAUGGUCAACCGUCUUACCCAGGCUCUGAACGGCGAUGUCGCUCCUUCGGGCGUUCCUCAACAUCUUCGUUCGGCUUAUGGAGGCGGUAAGUUGAUUCCCGCUGGUCAAAUCAUUGUUAUGCGAGGAGAAGUCGAGAGCGUCCAGGACCCUGGUUGGUGGAAUCAAGACGCAGUCAUGUCUGUCAUGGACCAUGUCUGUGAGAAGCUGGGGCGCAACACUGGCUUGAAGGCUGUCUUUGGCGGUUCCCAGAAGAAGCCUCUGAUGACCAAGGUGUCAAUGCGUCAUCUCAACGAAAUCAUCCGCGAACGCAACCAAUACUCCCGCGAUGCAAACGAGGCAUGGCAAGAUUUCAUCAACCUCAAGGGCCGCAUGGACACCGAAGUUGUUAAAGUCACCAAGCGUAACAACAUUCUUGAUGCUGAACUCGACUCCUGGAAGCAGCAAUUCCUCAAGUUCCAGUCUUUCGCUGAGACACUCACUAAGGAGACACAAGAACUCAAGGUCAAGAUUGAGGGUCACAAGCGCGAGAACAGAAGAAUUGCUCAGAUCGCCGAUCAGGCCAAGGACGAGAUCGCCCGGCUUACACCUAGACUCAGCGGUACGGAAAAGCAAAGAGACGAUGCCUUGGAAGCUCUUGUCUUGCAACAAGAAAUCGCCGAGGAACUCGAACGCGAACGCAAGCGUAACAAGCAAGAAAUCGUGUCUUUGCAACAGACCAACUCUGCCGUGCUCCGCCAACGCGAUGAGGCACAGCGUGUUGUACUUCAUUUGCGUGCUCUAAUUGACGGUCAGGCUCACCACAUGGAGCACAUUGUGCGAACCAUCGAGUUGCCCGAUGAAGAGGACGAGGCUGCGGCCACUGCCCUUCCCGCAUCGCCUGCCCCUGGUACCUCUCUCACCGGAGAUUCAUUUAGCGCCCAUACCUCGCGCGCAUCAUCACGUAGCAGCACUCGCUUGUCAGCUCGUGGCGAGGAUGCUGCGGCCGAAGCACUCCGUCGCAAUGCCGACGCCCGUCGCCGUCUGAGUUCCCUCAGCAUGACCGAUGUAGCAGACCGCCAAUUGCGCGAGAAGACUGACGCUAUCGCUUUCAUCAUUCGCAACAUUAGCGAGCAGUGUGCCGCCGCCGUCGAAGGUCUCAACAUGGCCCAACGCACCGAGUCUGUUGCUAGCGGUCGCAACGUGAACGACGACGAUGCCAGUCUUGCAUCUUCCGAGCACGGCGGCAACCUGAAGCGCCGUAGCAAGGGUCGCAUCAUGACACGCGCCUCACUCAGCGACGCUCCCUCAGAGCGCGAGUAUGAUGACAGAUCUGAAAGCUCCGCUGCCUCAAACUACAGCCUGCACGAUGCACGAAGCCACACGGUCCGCAGCAGCAUCCCACCCACACCGGAUCUUAUUCACAGCCACAGUAUGGGUACGAUGAACCGCAGUAGCACAUCCAUGAGCAUGAUCUCAUCUUCCACAAUAGCGACACCCGACAGAGGAAGUGUCCAAAGUCACUGGCGCAGCACUCUGACAGGAGACAUCCCUGAGCUGCCCACCAAGAUUGUGAGCGCAGAGUCUGGUGACUCUGGCGUUGUGGACGAGUUUGGCGCCAACUCUGCUGCUGAAGACGAAGAGCCCGUUAACGCAAAGUAUUCGACUCAAGGCCUUGAGCAUCGUUUCAACAUGCGUGCUGUCAACUAA